AUGGAAGAUGGAUUUCAGAGUGUACAGCUGGCGAACUACCCAGUGAAUGAUCUUGCAGGAGUGAGCAGGCAUUUGUCAUGGACUAUCACUGCUCUGCCAAGUUGUGACUCCUCUUGCUUCUCGCUCUCUCAUGGGAGCUGGCUUUUUACCCAGCUGGGUGAGGUUGCCGGGCCCUCACCACUCUUCUAUGGGUGUCGCUACAGCAAAGCGGUUCACCUGCACAUGACUGCAGCCACCAUGCAAGUCAGCCAGAAGGACUUUGAAAAGGCUCAGGAGCAACUGAAGCUUUUGAAAAAGGAUCCUGGGAACGAAACUAAGUUGAAACUCUAUGCUCUGUUUAAACAGGCUACUGAAGGUCCCUGCAAUGCUCCAAAACCAGGUAUGCUGGACUUUGUCAAGAAAGCCAAGUGGGAUGCAUGGAAUUCUCUUGGCAAUUUGUCUCAGGAUAAUGCCAGGCAGAAAUAUGCUGAACUUGUCUCAAGUCUGCUCUCUGCCGAAUCUGCUAGCCAGAAGAAAGAUGCUUCUCCAGAAGAGGGCAGGCAUGAUGGCUAUGAAACAUUAAUAGUUACUACCAAAAACAAUAUCACAAAGAUAAUGUUUAACCGACCUGAAAGGAAAAAUGCCAUCAACCAUCAGAUGUACAGAGAAAUUAUCAAAGCACUUGAAGAAGCUGGAAAAAAUGAUUCCACCAUAGCAGUUAUUACUGGAAACGGAGACUACUAUAGCAGUGGAAAUGACCUGAAUAAUUUUGCUAAUAUCCAGCCUGGUGAAAUGGAGAAGAUGGCAAAAGAUGGAGCAGUAUUACUCAGAGAUUUUGUGGGUCAUUUUAUUGAUUUUCCUAAACCACUGAUUGCAGUGGUAAAUGGCCCAGCUAUUGGAAUUUGUGUAACAGUCCUUGGAUUGUGUGACAUUGUCUAUGCUUCUGACAGGGCUACGUUUCACAGCCCAUUUAGUCAACUUGGACAGAGCCCAGAAGGAUGUUCCUCUUACCUGUUUCCAAAAAUCAUGGGCUUAGCCAAGGCAAGUGAGAUGUUGCUUUUCAAUAAAAAGCUGACUGCAGCAGAAGCCUGUGCCCAGGGACUUGUGACUGAAGUCUUCCCUGACAACAGUUUUCAGAAGGAAGUUUGGGCAAGAUUAGAAGCUUAUGCAAGCCUCCCCAAAAAUUCCUUGGCAGUGUCAAAGCAACUGUUACGAAGUACGGAAAAGGAGAAGCUCCAUGCAGUCAACAGUAGAGAGUGUGAAGUCCUGACAGAGAGGUGGUUGUCUGAUGAGUGUAUAAAUGCUAUUGUCAGCUUCUUUCAGAAGAAAUCAAAACUCUAAUCUUUACCAGUAGAAUCUGCACCAUCUGGCAAUAGGCUUAUCUGCCCUUAUAAUUAAUAAACUUUCUCUUCAAAUAAUAAUUCUUAAUACCUUUUGAUGUGGUAUAUUUCUGUUCUCUGUACUGGGUUAAAACUGGUUCAUAAAAUUAAUACACUAUUAUGUGCCUUGGAUCUGUUAUGGAAAUUCAGGCUGGGGGAAAAAUGAUUCAUUGUUCUGUAGGCAUCAGUGAUGUUUCGGAACAAUACUAAAGCAGAUUGUCUUCCAAAAGAAGCGACAAAUUCAAUAGUACCCUAUUUUGAUAACUCUUCAAUAAUUAUUAGUGAUUCUUUUUAUUUAUGUAUGGGGAAAGAAAUACUAUAUUAAUGAAAAAAUAAAUAGAAGUAUUUAAUUACU